GCAAACCAGAAGUGGCGCCCUGGUUUGUGCGACGCACUCGCGCGGUGGCUGAGGAGUGUUCUGGGGCUUCAGGACCUGUGCUCAUUGCGAUGGGCCGUCGGCGGGCAACGCGCGGGUCAGGGGCGGAGGGCAGCCGCCUUCGGCGUCCCCAGGGCCGCUCCAUGGAUACUUUCCCCGAAGAGGUGGGCACCGCGUUGCGCGCGUCUGUGGAGCCAGAGGCUGCCAAGGACGAGGGCGGCCAGAGUCCAGCCACGCUCCCUUUCGCGCUGGCCAUGUGGGAUCUGGGCCACUGCGACCCCCGGCGCUGUACAGGCCGCAAGCUGGCCCGCUUGGGCCUGGUGCGCUGCCUGCGACUCGGUCACAGGUUCGGCGGGCUGGUACUCAGCCCCGUGGGCUCCCUGUAUGUCUCCCCGGCGGACAGACAGCUGGUGGCACAGGCUGGGGUUGCUGUCAUAGACUGCUCUUGGGCCAGACUGGAUGAGACGCCCUUUGGGAAGAUGCGAGGGAACCACUUGCGACUGCUACCCUAUCUGGUGGCUGCGAACCCUGUAAACUAUGGCAGGCCCUGCAGACUUUCCUGCGUGGAAGCUUUUGCUGCUGCCUUCUAUAUUGUGGGCUUUUCAGAUCUUGCUGUCACUUUGCUGAGGAAAUUUAAGUGGGGCAAAGGCUUCUUGAACCUGAACCACCAGCUCCUGGACAAGUAUGCUGCCUGCAGUGGACCUGAAGAAGUGCUACAAGCAGAGCAGGAGUACUUAGCUACUGCCAAGGAGGCCCCUGAAGAGGAGGAAAUUGACCCAUUCGAUGUGGAUUCAGGGCGAGAGUUUGCAAAUCCCAAUAGGCCUGUGACUACCAUCCGGCUACCUGUGGACACAGAUGAUAGUGAUGAAUCUGAAGAACAAGGACCUGAAAACAAUAAUGGAGAAACCAACAGCUGCUCCCAGAAAGAGACUCUGGAACAAGGGGAUGAGGCCAGGACCUCCAGUGAGAUUUAGAAAAGAAUCAAGAAACUGCAGUCUGAAGGUUGCAGAUACAUUGUUGAAGCAGGGUAAUAAGGACUCCAGAGAUAGCAUAAAACACAGGUGGACAGGCCUGGCAGUGGUAGCCUCUGUAGUUGUGGACAGGGUGGGGCUUGUGGGUUGGAGUUACUUUGGAGAUCUCAAUGAAGCUGUGGAUUGAGAAGGA